CCGCGGGCUCGGGCCGCGGUCGCGGCUUUGCAGCAGGCGGCGCGGCGGGCGGGCGGGAGCGGCCGGCCCAUGAGGGGCGGGGGCCAGCGGCAGGGCCGGGGGCCGCAGCCGGCGCUGAGGGCGGCCGACGAGGACCUGCCCGGCCGGCUGCCCCAGCCCUGCCUCGCCCAGCAGCCCGGCCAGCCGGGAGGGAUGCUCUGCGCCGCCCCGCUCUCCUCCGCCCUGCCCAUGCCCUGGAGCAGAAAGUUUGGGGGCCGGGGGCUGUCUUCCUCCUCCCGCUCCAAUGACUGCCCAAGGACUCCUGCUGCCCAGCCUCGACUGUGACCUGCCUCCGCUCCCCAGGUGAAAUUGUGAUCCGCCGACUCCCCUCCUCGUUCAUGAUGUAGACCCUGGGCCUCGUUUCUGAGAGUAAGAGGGGGUGCGGUCUCCCCCAAGACGGCGCGCUGGAAGGACAGAGUCCCCUUGCCGACCCACAUACACCAUGAAGAGGUGCAAAUCGGACGAGCUGCGGCAACAGCAGGGCGAGGAGGAUGGAGCUGGGCUGGAAGAUGCCGCUUGCCACCUGCCGGGCGCGGACCUCCGGCCUGGGGAGGCCGCGGGUGCUAACUCCGCUGGCGGGCCAACUUCAGAUGCGGGCACUGCCGCGGCGCCCAAUCCGGGUCCCCGAAGCAAGCCUCCUGAUUUAAAGAAAAUCCAGCAGCUCUCGGAGGGCUCCAUGUUUGGCCACGGCCUGAAGCACCUGUUCCACAGCCGCCGCCGGUCGCGGGAGAGGGAGUCCCAGACGUCUCAGGAUUCCCAGCAGCAGCAGCAGCAGGGCCUGUCUGACCAUGACUCCCCGGACGAGAAGGAGCGCUCCCCGGAGAUGCACCGCGUCUCCUACGCCAUGUCCCUUCACGACCUGCCCGCGCGGCCCACCGCCUUCAACCGUGUGCUGCAGCAGAUCCGCUCCCGGCCCUCCAUCAAGCGGGGCGCCAGCCUGCACAGCAGCAGCGGGGGCGGCAGCAGCGGGGGCGGCAGCCGGCGCACCAAGAGCAGCUCCCUGGAGCCCCAGCGUGGCAGCCCCCACCUGCUGCGCAAGGCCCCCCAGGACAGCAGCCUGGCCGCCAUCCUGCACCAGCACCAGUGCCGCCCCCGCUCCUCCUCCACCACCGACACCGCCCUGCUGCUGGCUGAUGGUGGCAACGUGUACCUCUUGGCCGAGGAGGCCGAGGGCGUUGGCGACAAGGUCGACAAGGGAGACCUUGUGGCCCUGAGCCUCCCUGGUGGCCCCAGCCAUGGUGACACUGAUGGCCCCAUCAGCCUGGAUGUGCCGGACGGGGCCCCGGACCCCCAGCGGACCAAGGCCGCCAUCGACCACCUGCACCAGAAGAUCCUGAAGAUCACGGAGCAGAUCAAGAUCGAGCAGGAGGCGCGGGAUGACAACGUGGCGGAGUACCUGAAGCUGGCCAACAAUGCCGACAGGCAGCAGGUGUCGCGCAUCAAGCAGGUGUUCGAGAAGAAGAACCAGAAGUCCGCCCAGACCAUCGCCCAGCUGCACAAGAAGCUGGAGCACUACCGCCGGCGCCUGAAGGAGAUCGAGCAGAACGGGCCCUCGCGGCAGCCCAAGGACGUGCUGCGGGACAUGCAGCAGGGGCUGAAGGAUGUGGGCGCCAACAUGCGCGCGGGCAUCAGUGGCUUUGGGGGCGGCGUGGUGGAGGGCGUCAAGGGCAGCCUCUCAGGCCUCUCGCAGGCCACCCACACCGCCGUGGUGUCCAAACCCCGGGAGUUCGCCAGCCUCAUCCGCAACAAGUUUGGCAGCGCCGACAACAUUGCCCACCUGAAGGACCCCCUGGAGGAUGGGCCCCCCGAGGAGGCGGCCCGGGCGCUGAGCGGCAGCGCCACGCUCGUGUCCAGCCCCAAGUAUGGCAGCGAUGACGAGUGCUCCAGCGCCAGCGCCAGCUCGGCCGGGGCGGGCAGCAACUCUGGGGCGGGGCCUGCCGGGGCGCUGGGGAGCCCCAAGUCGAACACGCUGUAUGGGGCCUCUGGCAACCUGGACGCUCUGCUGGAAGAGCUGCGGGAGAUCAAGGAGGGCCAGUCCCACCUGGAGGACUCGCUGGAGGACGUGAAGGCUCAGCUGCAGAGGGACUACGCCUACAUGACCCAGUGCCUGCAGGAGGAGCGCUACAGGUACGAGCGGCUGGAGGAGCAGCUCAAUGACCUGACUGAGCUGCACCAGAACGAGAUGAGCAACCUGAAGCAGGAGCUGGCCAGCAUGGAGGAGAAGGUGGCGUACCAGUCCUACGAGAGGGCCCGGGACAUCCAGGAGGCCGUGGAGUCCUGCCUGACCCGGGUCACCAAGCUGGAGCUGCAGCAGCAGCAGCAGCAGGUGGUACAGCUGGAGGGCGUAGAGAACGCCAACGCGCGGGCGCUGCUGGGCAAGUUCAUCAACGUGAUCCUGGCGCUCAUGGCCGUGCUGCUGGUGUUCGUGUCCACCAUCGCCAACUUCAUCACGCCCCUCAUGAAGACACGCCUUCGCAUCACCAGCACCGCCCUCCUGGUCCUUGUCCUCCUCCUCCUCUGGAAGCACUGGGACUCCCUCACCUACCUCCUGGAGCACGUGCUGCUGCCCAGCUGAGUGGCCAGCCUGUCUCUGCCCUGUGCUCUCCGCAGCCCCGGCUGGCCACGUGUCUCCCGGAGGGCUCCGGGACGCGACUCCCUUGGACUUCUUCGUGUGUCCGGUUUGGCCUCCUGCUCACAGUGUCCAUUCCAGCAGCUCCUGCCCCCUGUCUGUUCUUGCUUCUGUCUGAUGCCUUCUCCCUGUUGGCCUGAAGGGAGCCUCGUGUGUGGUCCUGGCCAGAGGCGAUGGGGAUGUCUGUGGCAAAAUGGAACAGAGGAGGACACCAAGAUGGACUGCUUUGAUUAUUCACGGUCUCACAGGGACUUCUCCCAGCUGACUCGAUGCCGCGGGGCAGAAGGCCAAUGAGAACAGAAGCAGGAGAGGGGCCGCGCCUUAGCUUUCCUUGGAAAGAGCCCUUGCCAGAGGUGGCCACGGGAAGGAGGCAGGAGAGUGAGGGGGGCUCUGCUGGCCAUGGAGCGCAGGGAAGAGAAGGGAGGGGCUCCCCAGCCUUCAGGUACUGCUGGACCAGAUUGCAGCUCGGCCCACCCCUCCUUCCUCCAGAGCUGGCUUGAGGCGUUCUGGCCUGGGCCCUUCUGAGAUCUGAAGGGUGCAGGCUCUGGAGACCAGCGGCUGGGGCUUUGGACUCGUGUUUUCCCUCUUGUUCUUUCUGCGUGUCACUGGAUCUGCUCUUUUCAGGGAAACAGGCCCCAGGGGCCCCAGCCUCAGCCUAAGCCCUUAGGCCUCUGGGAGCAGUGGGUUCUAUUUAUUUAUUUAUUUGUUCCUUUGUACCUUAUCCCAGCUGAGCUCCAGGGAGGGUCCCGCCCCCUCCUCUCUCUGAAGCCAGGGCUUAUUCUUGGCUGUCGGGCGCUUCCACGCCAUUUAGCCUCUGGCUGGGAGAAGUGGGGCAAAGCCACCCAGCCCUGCUCUCCCAGAGCGGCCCUUCGACCAAGAUGGGCGGGCAAAGCCUCUCUUUUAUAUGUCUAUUUAUUUUGUGUGUGUGUGUUUGUGUGGAGGAGGCUGUUUGUUGCUUUAUUCUUUUUAUGGCUCUGGAGUGUUGUGUAUGGCUUCUGUUCACAUCCCCGCCUCCCAUGGGCACUUCCAAGAAGAGAGGGGUCUUCUCAGAAAAGGAGAGAAGAAUCCCCCAGAGCAGGGGGAGGGCAGUGCCUGCCAGCUGUUGCGGACCUUCCUGAGAAAUAAAUAUCCUCUCAAUUUUA